AUGGAGAGUUCACCGUACCCGGCUCGCUUGGAUCAGCUUUCACCUCCGCAUUCCCUUCCGGAAAACACCUGGGAGACGGAUAUGUCGCGCCCUACGCCUUCCUCGGAUGUCCACAACGCGGGCGAGGACGCAAUGCCUCUGCCACAACGGCUUGCCAAAAUAGCUCACAUGAUCUCGCAGAAUGCCGACGUGUCAAGUGAGGAUACGACCACGGUCCACCACUGCCUCAACACUCUGGAAGCCCUGUUGGACCCGCGGCCAAAACUCACCCAGGAGGUCGUCAAAUGCCGCCCCACGCGUAUCUACCCUGAAACUUCACACCCUGUGGCUUCCGCAGCCUCCUGCUCUGUCCCGAUGGAGGAUCGUGGUUCAUCCGCCUUUGAGCCUUCGAGCUCGCAACUCAUAGCUCUUUUGAAUGAAGUAACCGCAUUAAAUGUCGAUUUGGACCAACGCCGCAAAGAAUCGUCCCAAAUAUAUGACCUUCUUAAGCGCGAAUGCCAGGGGCUGUCGCGACGGAUAUCGGAGCUGGAAAAUGAGGUCCACGAGCUGGAAACAGACAUAAUGGAAGGCUCAGCAGAGCGUGAAGCACUUCACGGUACGGUUUGCGGACUCGAGGCCUGGGUUAACGGAUGGCAGAACGAACGUAAACUGGGAGCAUCGCGACAAAAUAAAGCAAAGCGGUGGAUGAGGCGUAAGCCCGAAGAGCGUUAUGAGUCCGAUGCUGAAGCACUUCUAGAGGGCAUAACCGCGUGGAUGCGUGGCUGGAAAGAUGUCGAAGAAGGUUUCCGCGUUCGUGAAAGAGAUCGGCAAGACAGACGGGAAGAAAGGCAAAGGCGUACUAGAUUAGCCACAGACCCUGCGGAUAACACAUAA